AUGGCAGGAAGGAAAGCUCUUGCAUUUUCAGUGAUUGUUGUGUUUCUUCUUGUUGUCGGUAUUUUAAAUGUGAUUUUACAGUAUGAGGAAAACAAAUGUGAAAUGACAUGGAUGUUUGAACAACCUCAGUAUUUGCGUGUUCCUUUGCCGAAGGCUGUGAACAAGAAGUUUCCAAACUAUGGAUUAUACGUCUAUGGAGAAGGGCAUUAUGCAAACAUUGUGGCCACCAUGAAGCUGACUGGAGUACCUGUUUUAUUUAUACCUGGAAAUGCAGGCAGUUAUAAACAAGCAAGAUCUAUGGCAUCAGUAGCUUUUAGAAGAGUUAUAGAUAAAGACAAGAGAUUUCACUUUAACUUCUUUACAGUGGACCUUAAUGAGGAGUUCACUGGACUUUAUGGAGCAUUCCUAUGGCAACAAACUGAGUUUGUCCGUCUUGCAGUCAAGAAAAUCUUCACAUUAUAUAAGCAUGCAGAGUUUAAACCUACUACUAUAGUAUUAGUAGGACAUUCUAUGGGUGGUAUGAUAGCCCGGGCCUUGUUAACUUUACCAGAUUUUGAUGUCAGCACAGUUAAUACUAUUUUUAUGCAGGCCACACCAAAUCAAGCCCCAGUGGUAGUGCUGGAUUCAGACCUGAUUGACUUUUAUCGGAAAGUGAACACCUAUUGGCAAGCCAAUAAUAACUCCACAUUAAAGCAUGUCACAAUUGUGUCCAGCGGAGGUGGUGAAUACGAUGUACAAGUCAGAGGGGGUCUUACACCUUUAGAUGGGAUUGUUGAUGAUAGCAGAGCAGUCAGCACUUCUACUACCCAUACACCAAAAGCUUGGGUGUCAACAGAUCAUAGAUGUAUAGUAUGGUGUAAGCAGGUGGUGUUUGGAUUUGUGAGGUCUUUAUUUGAUAUCAUGGAUGAGAAAAAUAAAAAGAUAGUUGAUGAUGCAGAACAUCGUAUGGCUGUGUUCCGGCAUCAUUUUGUCAAACACCCUGGAACCAAUAGCUAUAUCAAACAGUGGUCAGAUGAUAUUACACUGGACAAAAGCGUUGAGUGGACAAUUAUCCAUGACCAGGCUUUUAAAUGGGAAAAAGAUGUAGUAAAAACAGUGACAUACCUUGCUAUACCAGUACAGGAUUAUGAAGAUGUGGAUAGGGUUGUUAUUAUAUCUAAUGUGAUGGAAGACAGCUGGGUAUGUGGUUGUGAACUCAAGGAAGGAGAAAAUAACUGCACCACUUGUAAAGACUUGUCUUCCACAGGAAAUGUUCUGCCACCUCUAUAUUCAUAUAAAAAGCCUUUUGGGGGAAAUGAGGACAUUUACAAAUAUAUAGAAUAUGGUAAAAGUGGGAAUAUGAGUUUGAAGGUGCAGCACAUUCCUCCAGACCUUGUUGUCUCCCCUUACGACCCUGAUUUCAACUUUGAUGAUCUACAGGUGGAGAAUGACUAUGUUGAGCUAUAUAUACAUCUCGAUCCUACUUGUUCAUACAAGCUGAGAAUUAGCAUGUCCUUUAGAGAAAUGCUUGGCCAGUUUGUGCGUUUCUAUGGUAUUCUUCUACCAGCAUUCAGUGUGGCUGGACUGUUGAUGGCACUGGUGUACCAGAUGAAAACAUUAAGUAAAGAUGGAGUAUGUCCCAGUGUACUAGACUCACUAUGGCAGACAAAACCUUACCUCGUUGUACCAUUUGCUUUGAUCACACAGGCAAUAUUACAGAUAAAAGUGGUAGAGAAACAGUUGUCCAGCUUGUCCAUACCAACACCUGAUAUAGUAACCCUCGACAAACAGGGGAUAUCCUUUAAAGGGGCACAACUUCUCAUGUACUUGAUAGCUCUUGCUGUAACAACAUUCCAGGCUGUAGUUGUCUACCUUGUUUUACAAUUCAACAGCAGACUGUUGGGUCUUAUAUUUGGAUGGUUACCAUCAUCUGUGGUUAAACUAGGAAACAUUCUGGCUGUAGUUAUAUGUCUAGUAUCAGUAUGGCUGUCGGCUACAGUGUGUGGGGCUAUUGGCAUUUUUACCUGUCAUAUCCUAGGCUUUAUACUGCUUUUGAAGCUAUGUUAUCAAUCUCGGCAGUCCAAGGAUCCAGGGACACGGUCACAGUAUCAUUUCUAUCAGACAAUAUUUAUGAUCUGGAUGUGGUUACUAAUCCUCAACUCUCCGUCUCUUGUAGUUCUAGGAAAAUCUAUACAAUUAACAAAGGUUGUGCCAUUAUUUAACAGUGAUCCUAGUAGAAUAGUUGGUACCAUAGCAACUGUAGCAUUCCUAUGUUUACUUGUGUGUGAUAGUCCACUCUCAGGCAGGUCAUCUCUGAAUUUUAUGUCACAGUUUAUUCAUAUAAUGGUAACACAGAUGUUAGUGUUUGGUAUGGUAAUGUUAUACAGAAUAUCCUACGUAAUUGUUGGCUCACUGGUGCUCGUAGCUCUUACACAAGUUGUGGGCAAGUUCCGGUCUAAAUCUGCUCCUAGACCUAAAACUGAGUGAUUAUACAUGAACUAAGUGAUUGUUCUACAUGUACUUGUAUGAAUUGAGUUUUUAUACAUGUACUUGUAUGAACUGUGUGAUUGUUUUACAUGUACUUGUACGAAUUGAGUUUUUAUACAUGUACUUGUAUGAAAUUAGUGAUUAUACAUGUACUUGUAUGAAAUUAGUGAUUAUACAUGUACUUGUUUGUACUAAGUUAUUAUGGAGGUACUUGUAUGAACUGAGUGAUUCUACAUGAACUUGUAUGAACUGAGCAAUUAUACAUGUACUUGUAUGGACUGAGUACUUGUAUGAACUGUGUGAUUGUACUUGUAUGAGCUUAGUGAUUAUACAUGUACUUGUAUGAAUCGAGUGAUAGUUUUACAUGUACUUGUAUGAACUGAGUGAUUAAACAUGUACUUGUAUGGAGCAAGAGCCACAUGAAACACUGUGAAAGAAUAUUUUAUCACUAUGCAAAUGUUGUUGGAAUUGGACCAAACACAAACGUAUUAGGAACAUUUCCGGAAAGAUAUUCUAAAAUGGCAGUAUGUUUAUUAAGUGCAAUUUUUGGUUUAUGUAAAAUGUAUGAAAUCAACCUUUUUAAAAAAAACACAUGUCACAGCAUUAAGAUUAUUAGUUGUAUAAAAUUAUGUUAGUUUAUUGUAUUUAAAUGGAGUGGGUUAUAUCACAUACAUUCACUUUGUCAUUGUUUUACAUGUUAUUGUUUGUAUUCUUUCCUGUUAAUUAUAGAACGGACAUGACACGUUUUAUAAGAUUUGUGUUUCAUUGAAAUUAUUUUAAUGGGCCCAGACUGGUGAAAUUUUUCCUUGAAAAACAAUGUUUGUUUGAUAUUUUUUUUAUGAGAUUUUUGUAGACAAUGUUAAGAAUGUUUAUACUAAAAAAGAAAAUUAGUUUGCUGUAACAAAUGGCAGUUUUGUAUCUGCACAAGUCAUAUGAGACAUAUAAGGACAACUUGAAAUACAUACAUGAAAUAAUAUGUGCAUUAUUAAAUAAAGAGGUAUAAGUUAGAUAUAUACUGGUUUUCAGGCUUAAUGUACAACACCAGCACAGGUUGUUAACUCCCCUACUAAAAAGUAUACAUAGUAUACUAAAGGGCAGACUAUAAAAACAGUCAAUAGUCUGCCAUCCAUCCCCAGCAUUUUGAGGUUGUUUACUCUCUAGAGGUUACGGUUUUAAUUAGAUUAUUAUGAAGCUUUGCCAGAAUGUUUGACUCAUUCAAAGCUUGGAUACACCUGAACUUGCAUAAUCUGGAGCAAAAAAAAAAACUAGGUCACCAUGUCAGACCAGUUGAAAACCUUGUUAAUAUUCUACAGACCACAUUUUUCAUGAAGUCUUGAAUGAGACAUGCUUAGAAUGCCUGGCUUUGAAAUUUCCAGGUUAAGAUUGAAUAUGGGUUUUCUAGGUCUAAAAUGAGGUAAACCAAUCAAACCUCAGAAAAACCUUGAUUGAUCUUUAUCAAAAUUUCCACAAAAAAAACCUUGUUGACAUUUAAGUCAUAUUAUUAAUCGAUCUUUAUCAAAAUUUGUCAAAAAGUUUUUUUCAUUGAUAUAUGUUGGACAAGUUUGAACAAUGGUUAUUUUGGUUGAGAAAAAAAACCCAACUAUGUCUUCUUGUCAAAUCAAAGGAAAACCUAGCUACAUGUAACACUCUUAUGACCACGUUUUUGCCAGAUUUUAAUGAAACUUGCUUAAAAUGUCUUGACUUCUUAGAUAAGUUUCAAUAUAGGUCGUUUUGGAUUCAAAUCUGAGUCACCUUGUGAAAUGCCAGGAAACUUUUUUAAAGACUGAAAUGUUCACAAUUUUGACAAAGCUUUAUGAAAGUCUGCUGUGUAUGUUUUGAUCAUACAUGUAACUAAUUGAAAUUCAAAUAGUUAUGGGUUGUCUUAGCUUGAAAAACCCAAGUCAGUGACAUAGAUAUAAAAUUUUGUCAUAUAAUGAUGCAGGAACACUAUUUAGCAUUAGAUAAAAGAUAGAAACAAUUACAGGUGUGUGUUGAUAGGAACAUUAUGGCUGUUUUGUUCUUGGUGAACUGUUUCUGGUCAUUUAGUUAACUUUCUGUUAUUUUCUCCCAACCAACUUUGAACAAUCAAUAAAUAAUACUUUAUUAAUAAGUGGCCUGUUGGAAUUUAAAAACCAAAUAACAUUGUAAUAUUUCAUGCAAGCAGACAUUAUUUUGUCUGUUAGAAUAUAUAAAAUUGAAAAUGUAUUUGAUUUCCAUUUCUUUUGCUCAAAUAUAGCAUUUGUUUUAUGAGAAUUGUUAAAUUAUGUUUUGUUGCCAUAGUAACUGUGUUACAUAAUAUCUGCUGUGCAUUAUUAACUGUGUUCUGUUCAAAAUAAUAAGUGCUUAAUUUCUAUUACAGGGAUCAUUUUGUAUUAAUUUUUUAAUAAACUUUAUAAAUGUAGUGA